AUGGACUCGAUGAGGUCUCUCAACACCUCAUUACCGAGUUCGACGCCCCGCCCGCCUUCGGAGCAGCUCCUCCAACAGUUCAGAACCGCUGCCCUUUCGGUCACCCACCUCUACAAGAAUGCUGUGUUUGCGGAGUCACAGGCAAGGCAGGCCGGAUAUCAGGAGGCGAUUGAAGAUUUGUUGCACUUUCUCGACAGGGAGAACCUCGGUUUGACUGAUGGAGAGGGCUGGCUGGUUCGACAAUGGGCCACGGAACGCAGUGAUGGCCUGGCGCAUACAAGCGACGAUGACGAUGCGGAGAGGACUCGAAGCACUACUCCUGCUGUAGCACGCAAAGAACAUUCUGAGCCAGAAGCCCCUCGACAACAGACCAAGUCCACGUCACCGCAUCGAGAAGAACAAGCUGCCACCCAGCAACCCCCCUCUACCCCUGCCGCCCAGCCCUCCGAACCUGUUAUCCUUGAUCGACCUCCGCUUUUUACUUUCGCCGCGGGCCCAACGUUUCCGCAAGUUCAAGAACAAGAAAUGGACAUGCAAAACUCAGACAGCGAGUCUCCAUCACCGCCGAGUGAUACGGCCGCCACAGUCUCUGUCUUAGCACGGAACUCCCGCCAGCAAAACCGCCACGGUAAUCUGACUCGCCCAAGCCCACGAAACUCAACGCGCGAGUCUCCAGUCGGAAUAGGGUCAAAGCGAAAGAACCAGUUCCCCGACUUUUUUGAUUUAUCCGGAAUGGGAAAUAACCGAGAUAUAUUUGGAGGCGGCAAACGAGGUCGCUUUUGCUAG